AGAGAGAGAGAGAGAGAGAGAGAGAGCCGGAGCCGAGCGGCAGCAGCAGUCGGUAUGUAGCGGCAGCGGCGCUUCAUUCUGGGAUUUACAAAGAGGAGGAUAAAAAAACGCGCCUUGGAUUGAAAUUAUCGGCUCGGGAUUAGAAAAUAAAACGUGCCGACGAUGAGAUCUGGAGCCGGGCUCACAGCAGCGGCCUGAGCGGACACACACUCUCUCUCUCACACGCACAACCCGGCGUUUCUCAGUAUUUAUUAGUGUUUUUGUGGAAAAAUGGCGAACGACUCUCCGGCCAAGAGUCUGGUGGAUAUCGACCUGGCGUCGCUGCGGGACCCUGCUGGGAUUUUCGAGCUGGUGGAAGUGGUCGGCAACGGCACCUAUGGCCAAGUCUACAAGGGUCGACAUGUCAAGACGGGACAGCUGGCCGCCAUCAAGGUCAUGGACGUCACAGAGGAUGAGGAGGAGGAGAUCAAGCUGGAGAUCAACAUGCUGAAGAAGUACUCCCACCACAGGAACAUCGCCACCUACUACGGCGCCUUCAUCAAGAAGAGCCCGCCGGGCCAUGACGACCAGCUGUGGCUGGUGAUGGAGUUCUGCGGCGCCGGCUCCAUCACCGACCUGGUGAAGAACACCAAAGGCAACACGCUGAAGGAGGACUGGAUCGCCUACAUCUCCCGCGAGAUCCUCAGGGGUUUGGCCCACCUGCACGCCCAUCACGUCAUCCACCGGGACAUCAAGGGGCAAAACGUCCUGCUGACCGAGAACGCCGAGGUCAAACUGGUGGACUUCGGUGUGAGCGCCCAGCUGGACCGGACGGUGGGCCGGAGGAACACCUUCAUCGGGACGCCGUACUGGAUGGCUCCCGAGGUCAUCGCCUGCGACGAAAACCCAGACGCCACCUACGACUACCGGAGCGACCUGUGGUCCUGUGGAAUCACCGCCAUAGAGAUGGCUGAAGGAGCUCCACCUCUGUGCGACAUGCAUCCAAUGAGAGCCCUCUUCCUCAUUCCCAGAAACCCUCCUCCGCGACUCAAGUCCAAAAAAUGGUCUAAGAAGUUCUUCAGCUUCAUCGAGAGCUGCCUGGUGAAGAAUUACACCCAGCGCCCCCCCACCGAGCAGCUGCUGAAGCACCCCUUCAUCCGGGACCAGCCCAACGAGAGGCAGGUCCGCAUCCAGCUCAAAGACCACAUCGACCGGACCAAGAAGAAGAGGGGCGAGAAGGAUGAGACUGAGUAUGAGUACAGCGGCAGUGAGGAAGAGGAGGAGGAAGCACCGGAGCAGGAAGGAGAACCGAGCUCCAUCGUGAACGUGCCCGGCGAGUCGACGCUGCGCCGCGACUUCAUCCGGCUGCAGCAGGAGAACAAGGAGCGCUCGGAGGCGCUGCGCCGCCAGCAGCUCCUGCAGGAGCAGCAGCUCCGCGAGCAGGAGGAGUACAAGCGCCAACUGCUGGCCGAGAGGCAGAAACGCAUCGAGCAGCAGAAGGAGCAGAGGAGGCGGCUGGAGGAGCAACAACGGCGCGAGCGCGAGAUGAGGAGGCAGCAGGAGCGCGAGCAGCGCCGGCGCGAGCAGGAGGAGAAACGCCGCAUCGAGGAGAUGGAGCGACGCCGCAAAGAGGAGGAGGAGCGCAGGAGGGCCGAGGAGGAGAAGAGGAGGGCCGACCGUGAACAGGAGUACAUCCGCCGCCAGCUGGAGGAGGAGCAGAGGCACCUAGAGAUCUUACAGCAGCAGCUGCUUCACGAACAGGCCAUGCUGCUGGCUGACGAGCGGUACCGUAAGAACAUCCAGGGUUCCCCUCAGUCGGCUCAGACCAAACCCCAGCAGCCGCCGGUGCCGCCCCGCUCCGAGUCUUCCUACCCCAACGGGAACUCGUCCUCUGACGCGCCCGGCAUGCACCGGCCCGUCGAACCACAGGUCCGCUCCCACCUGGCUGCUUUAAAGAGCAGCGGCAGCGUGGCCUCUUCCUCCUCAUCCUCCUCCUCCGCUACCCCCCCUCCGCCGCCGCCCGCCGUGUGUCGGUCCCACUCCUUCAGCGAGCCGCCGGCUCCUCCUAGCUUUGCAAACGUUCACCUGCGCAACAGCCAGGAACCUCACCAACACCACCACCAACACCAUCACCAUCACCAUCAUCACCAUCCAUCUUCAUCACCAUCCUCAUCAUCAAUGCCUGCACGCACUGACCCGCUGCCCCACCCCCAGCCUAGGCCCUCGCCCCACGAGCCGGCCCCCACAGAGGAAGUCCCGCCCAGGGUUCCUGUCAGGACCACAUCACGGUCCCCAGUAUUGUCACGCCGAGAUUCGCCUCAUCACCACGGCAACGCCACUCCCAGUAGCCAGGCCGCACACCGCAACGCUGCCAGCGCCGAGCCUCGCCUGCUGUGGGAGCGCGUGGAGAAGCUGGUCCCCCGGCCGGCCGGCGGCCACAGCCCGGCCGCCAGCGGCAGCGGCAGCGGCGGCUCCAGCUCCUCCAGCAGCUCCAGCAACUCCAGCUCCCAGCCCGGCUCACACUGCGGCUCUGGAGAGAGGUUCAGAGCCCGCUCCUCAUCCAAAUCUGAGGGCUCGCCCCUCCAACGACCAGAGCAUGCUGGGAAAAAACCUGAGGAGAGGAGGGACUUGGUCCGGCCGAGCAGACCGGCGGGUGACGUGGACCUGACCGCUCUGGCCAAGGAGCUGCGCGCGGUGGAGGACGUUCGCCCGCCCCACAAGGUGACGGAUUACUCGUCCUCCAGCGAGGAGUCGGGCACCACCGACGAAGACGACGACGAGGAGGUGGACCAGGAGGGAGGGGAGGAGUCCACCUCGGGCCCCGAGGACUCCAGAGCCGUCUCCUCCAGGCUCAGCAACGGAGAGACCGAGUCCGUCAAAACCAUGAUCGUUCACGACGAGGGCGAGAGCGACGCCGGCUCGACGCCCUGCAAAGACAGCACGCUGAUCGUCAGACAGACUAGUCACUGUAGCUUUCCCUUCGCUGUAGUUAACUCUUUCCCCCCCCCGGAGCUCGUCAUCAGCACGUCUAGACCCAAAGUCGUCUGCCCCUCUUUCUACUUCCAGAGCGACAGCAAAAAGCGGCCCGGCUCCGGCCCGGGCCCGGCCUCGAGCCCCGGCCUGCUCUCGGGCUUCGGCCCGAGUCCCGGCUCGGCGUCGGGCCCGGGGCUCGGGCACCACGCCCCCAGCCCCCCCCACCAGCACCACCAUCACCACCACCAGCACCACCUGCCCUCCCCCCAGCACCCGGACAGGAACGGCUUUGCGGGCCGCAUCCACCUGCUGCCCGACCUGAUCCAGCAGAGCCACCACCCCUCCUCCCCCUGCUCCUCCUCCACCUCCUCCCCGUCCUCCUCCGGCCUCGCCAGCCCCUCCUCCAUGUCCCCCCAGAGCCCGCUGGACAAGCUGACCAUCCUCAUGGAGAGCCAGUCCAGCAGUAACACCAUGCAGAAACACAAGUCCUCCUCAUCCUUCACCCCCUUCAUCGACCCGCGCCUCCUCCAAGUCUCUCCAUCCACCGGCAGCGCCCUCAACAAUGUUGGUUACGCCAACGACGCCCGGCUGGCGGAGGCGCUGAGGGCCGACCCGUCCCGGAAAGGCUCGGUGGUCAACGUGAACCCGGUGAACACUCGCCCGCAGAGCGACACGCCAGAGAUCCGCAAGUACAAGAAGAGGUUCAACUCGGAGAUCCUGUGCGCCGCGCUGUGGGGAGUGAACCUGCUGGUGGGAACAGAGAGUGGUCUGAUGCUGCUGGACCGCAGCGGCCAGGGGAAAGUUUACCCUCUGAUCAGCCGACGGCGCUUCCAGCAGAUGGACGUCCUGGAGGGACUCAACGUGCUGGUCACCAUAUCAGGUAAGAAGAACAAACUCCGUGUGUACUACCUGUCCUGGCUGAGGAACAAGAUCCUUCACAACGACCCUGAGGUGGAGAAGAAACAGGGAUGGACCACUGUUGGAGAUCUGGAGGGCUGUGUCCACUACAAAGUCGUGAAAUAUGAGAGGAUCAAGUUCUUGGUUCUGGCUCUGAAGAACUCGGUGGAGGUGUACGCCUGGGCGCCGAAGCCCUACCACAAGUUCAUGGCCUUCAAGUCGUUCGGCGAUCUGGUUCACAAGCCGCUGCUGGUCGACCUGACGGUGGAGGAAGGUCAGAGGUUAAAGGUCAUCUACGGCUCCUGCUCGGGCUUCCACGCUGUUGAUGUCGACUCCGGGGCCGUCUACGACAUCUACCUGCCUACACACAUCCAGACGAGCAUCCAGUCUCACGCCAUCAUCAUCCUGCCCAACACCGACGGCAUCGAGCUGCUGGUCUGCUACGAGGACGAGGGCGUCUACGUCAACACGUACGGCCGCAUCACCAAGGACGUGGUGCUGCAGUGGGGCGAGAUGCCCACCUCAGUCGCCUACAUUCGCUCCAACCAGAUCAUGGGCUGGGGUGAGAAGGCCAUCGAGAUCCGCUCAGUGGAGACGGGUCAUCUGGACGGUGUCUUCAUGCACAAGAGAGCCCAGAGACUCAAGUUCCUCUGUGAGAGAAAUGACAAGGUUUUCUUCGCCUCGGUGCGCUCCGGAGGCUCCAGCCAGGUCUACUUCAUGACUCUGGGCCGAACCAACCUGCUCAGCUGGUAGAGGUCGACUCCCCCCACCUCCUCUUCACCCUCCUCUUCCUCCUCCUCUUCUUCCUCCUUCUCCUCCUCCUCCCUCGCGAACACUGGAUCCCAGAACCCUCUGUCGACGUCUUUUCAGCCCCCGGGGAAACCACAAAAAGAAAAAAUAAGAAAAAAAAACCAAAACAAAAUCAGCCGACCCUUCGAUCAGAUGAUGCCGACAUCGACGACCUGCAGGUUUUCGGCAGGUAGUAGCCGCCCCUUUAGGCCAAUGAGACGCCGGAUACGACGACGACUCGUACAUGUGAUGAAACGCAAGCCGAAGCAGAGAUGGAGAUGAAGAAGUAAAUGUGAAUUGAAGCGAAGGUGGGAAGUGUUUUUUUGUGGGGGGGUGUUUGUUCCUCCUGUUCUCUACCUGGUGCUCAUCAGAUCGUGUCGGAGCCGUUUGGACCUUGUGCAUCGUUUCCUCGCGGCUGGGCCGGCCAACAAGCGCGGGGCCUUCUAACUACUAUGAAUACUCCUGAUGCUACUACUUCCUGCGACUCUGCAUCUUCAAAGAGCCUCCCCUCUGCCCCCUCUCCCGUCGGGCCCCUCCCUCGCGGCGUUUCCUGGGAACGGCGUUAACGCCGCCGUCGCGUAUUUAAACAUGUUCCUGUUUGCUCGCGCCUGAUUUGGAGGUCGAGGCUGGCGGUUAAAGAGUUACAGAGGCGGGGCCGGCGGGAAGCCUGCGAGCCAAUGGGACGGGCUGUCAUUUCGGGCUGACGUUGACAAGCGGGUGGGAAGGGCUUUUAUUCUUUUUCUCCCCCCCUAAUUUCUGAGGUUUUACCGCACGUCCUGGCUGUAAGUGGAUGGGACUCAGCAGAAGUGUGUGUGUGUGUUGUUGAAGUGUUGAAGUAUUGUGCUGUUAGGACAGGUGCUUUAAGAAAAACUAAAAAAAACAAAAAAAUAAAGAGGGGAUCAAUGUGAGAGAGAAGCAGAUGUGCAGACGCAGAUGGAUUUCAGAAUAGUAUUUUUUGAAUUAUUAUUAUUAUUAAUAUUAUUAAUAUUAUUAUUCCCGAAAGAUAAGUGUAACUACGUGGAGUUAAACAUGUCUUUUACCUUGUUUUUAAAAGAUUUCCACACAUUCACACACAGUUUGCUUGCUUUUGCAGAAGAGUGAGACGUCGAAGGAGACUGAAAAAAAAGUAACGGUGUCUAUGUAUAAUAAAAGUUCAUUUAACUUCAUGGCUAGUGUCAGUGAUCAUGUUUGUCUUCCCCCCUCAGCUGGUCAAACAUGGCAACCCAAACUCGGCUCGGGUCGUCCCGGAGCUCGAGGAACCAGUACUGCUGUGAAUAGUCGGAUAUAAGAGAACAUUAAAAAAAAACAGAAAUAAACAGAGCGAUAAAGUACAGGCGUUAGUACGGUGUGUGUGUGCGUGUGUGCGUGUGUGUGUGCGUGUGUGUGUGUGUGUGUGGCAGGUCAGAGUUGGGCGUCGUGGGCGAUGUGAGUUUUCAUGGCAGACAGGCGACAAACGCCAGCAGGUUGAUCUCAGUUGGCAGCGAAAACAUAAAAGGUGGAGUUUCUUUUCUUUUUUUUCCAUUUCGUUACUUUGACUCGCUUCUGUUUCUCGUUCGUAUCGAUUUUUUUUUUUUUUUUAAUGAAUGCAAUGCACUAAGUGUCAAGAAUGUAGACAGACUUUUUACUCUGUGGUGGUCCAAGGCAUGAGAUUGCAACUCUUAUUUUAUUGUCACAAGUGAUCGAUCGAUUUGAUUUUUUUAAGAUGUUCAGUUUGACACGACAGGAAGUUGCGGCGGCAGCAGAGCCUCAGCGCCACGUGUGGAUUUUUCUGUCUUUUUGCUUUUCGUACGGGGGCGUCUCCGCAGAAGCCAAACCAGCUUCAACGCGUUUCCGGCGUCCCGUGGGGUCGGCUCACGCUCGCCCGGCGCCCUUCCUCCCCCAUCGAUUCAGGGCAGCGAAAACCGUUUUCAGACACGAUUGUGGCGCUCGGACUUGACCUCUGCGUCUCCGCUGCGACGCAGGCGGAGAAUCCGUUCCUCUGUCAGACUCACGGCUUUUUUUUUUUUUUUUUUUUUUUGUGAAGAAAGUGAAGACGGAAACCCACUUUUUCGGGCAGGAAUCUUGUUGUUUUGCUCUCCUGUCCUGUCCCCCUCCUCCUCCUCCUCCUCCUCCCCGCUGCUGAUGAAAUAGUCUGUAUAUGUGAAAAGACUGAUCAGUGAACUGCAGCAUCCAUUUCCUCCCAAACCCUCGGAGCUGGAUUUUCCUCUGUUUCCCAAGAAACACGGUGACUCUGACCGACUGAACCCUGUUCACUGGAAAGGGCAAUUUAAGGACAGUCCUGUUUCCUGCUCGUGUCCAAACACGUCUUCGCCGGCUCACAAACAACUUAAUCUCGGGUGUGUUUCCCCCCGCCGGCGGACGUGGCCCUACAUGCGCGGUGUUCUGACGUGUGAAAAGGCCACUGUCAGUCACUCUGGUUGUGUUUUUUCACAGACUUUCUCUUUCCUCUGUGUGGAGAAGCCGUUCUGGAAAAAGUGGACCCUACAUGCUGUAUCGUCUGAGCUCUGUGUGUUCAGUAGUUCCCGGUUUGUCUCUCCUGUUGCAUCAAGGCCUUGACGAGUGGCUUCAGUGACUUCAUGAUUAAAAAAAAAAAAACAAACAAAAAAAAAACAACACAUGGUUAUUAUUGAUAUUCUUGAUUUUUGGG